AGCUGUCGGGACGGCGGCCGUCAUUCAAAUGGCCGUCGCUCGUCCCGCCGCGGUCCUCCCUCCUCCUCCUUUCCGCCCGCGAGCCCAACCGCCGGCCGCCGAACCUCGGAGCUCCAUCGCCUCCUCCUCCUCCUCGAGAUCGCGGAACCUCAUCUCCCUUAUAAGCUCGUGCCCGAGCAUCCUGGAGUUCGCGCCGAUCCGCGCUCGCUUGAUCACCGCCAACUUCACCCGACACCCCCUCGUCGCCCCCCGCCGCCGCCUCCUCCUCGGCCGCUGCCGCCGCGUCCUGAGCGGAACCCAUCACCUGUCGGAGACGGCGCCGUGGAACGACUACAUCCAGGAGCAGCUCCGGGACGGCUUGCCGGGGGAUGUGCUGGUUUCCUAUCGUCGUAUGGUCGAGGAAGGGGUGGCGUUGGACAUGUCCACUUUUCACUUCUUGAUAAGCGCCGCUUCGAGAACUACGGCGGUUAAGGACGUCGGCGAAGUCCACGGGCGGGUUCUGAAGUCCGGGCUUGGAUUUAGCGAUUCUUUGAGGAAGAAUUUGAUGGGCGUGUACGCGAAGGCUGGGAGGCUGCGGGAAGUGUGCCGGCUGUUUGGUGAGUUUCGUGAGAGAGAUGUGGUAGCUUGGAAUACUAUGAUAUCUUGUUACGUUAGAAUGGGGAUGUUUGGGGAGUCGUUGGAUUUGUUCGGGCGGAUGAUGGACGAUGGAGUCGAGCCGGAUGAGAUCACUAUGGUCAGCUUGGUUUCGGCGUGCGCGAAGAUGAGGGAUUUGGAGAUGGGCGAGAAGAUGCAUUUGUACAUUGAUGAGAAGAAUAUGGAGAUUGGGGGGACUUUAUUGAACUGUUUAGCUGAUAUGUACGUAAAAUGUGGGAAUAUGGAGAAGGCACGUAAGGUCUUGGGCGGUAGCGAAGCUGAGAAUGAUGUCGUUUCGUGGACCACAUUGCUGUGUGGAUAUGCGAAAACGGAUCAAAUGGAUGAAGCUGAGAAGUUGUUUGACAGGAUGACUGAGAGGAACUUGAUUUCUUGGACGACGAUGACAUCGGCCUAUGUUCAAGCCGGCCGAUAUCCAGAAAGUCUCGAGUUGUUUAUUGAAAUGAUGCUUGAUAAUGUGACACCUGAUGAGGUUGCACUUGUUACUGCUCUCACUGCUUGCAUGAAUACGGAUGGUUAUGACACUGGAAGAUCCAUCCACAGCUUCAUUGUCAAACACGGAAUGACUGUCGAAGGAAUGCUAGGAAAUUCUCUACUUAGCUUGUAUGCCAAAUUUGGUCGGUUGGAUGACGCCUUCUCCAUAUUUCAGCACUUGCCUUAUAAAACCGUUGUCUCUUGGAACUCGAUGUUGGAUGGGUUCUGCAGAGCCGGGGAUGUCGACAAGGCAAGAGGUUUCUUUGAUGAGAUCCCUGAGAAGGAUUUGAUUUCUUGGAACACUAUGAUCAGUUGCUAUACUAGAUCUCGCUCGGCUAGAGAGUCGUUUGAGCUGUUCCACCAGAUGCAGAGUUUGGAGAUAAAACCAGAUAAGAUCACUUUAGCCAAUAUGCUCUCUGCCUGUGCUAGCGUUGGGGCACUGAGUCAUGGCACCUGGAUCCAUUUGUACAUACAAAAGAACCAAAUCCGAUUGGAUCACAUUCUGGGAACUGCUUUGGUAGACAUGUAUGGGAAAUGUGGAAGUGUUGAAAAAGCAAGAGACUUGUUUUCAAACAUAACAGAUAAAAAUAUAUGUCUAUGGACCGCGAUGAUAGGAGCAUAUGCCAUGGAGGGACAAGCGCAAAAGGCAGUGGACUUGUUCGUGAAGAUGGAAGCCACAGGAAUGAGACCUGACUAUGUCACUUUCAUAGCUCUUCUUUCUGCUUGUAGCCAUGGGGGUUUGGUAGAUGAAGGAUACAAGUACUUCCACAAGAUGAAAAAUGAAUACAGAAUUGACCCCGGGGUUCAGCAUUACGGGUGCAUGGUCGAUCUCCUUGGUCGUUUCGGGCACUUGAAAGAGGCUCUAGAACUUAUUCGUUCCAUGCCGGUGGAAGCAGAUGUCGUUGUUUGGAGCUCAUUCAUGAGAGCCUGCGAAACCCACCAAAAUGUCAAACUAGCAGAGUAUGCACACAAGCGUCUCAUUGAGAUCGACCCUACAAACGAUGCAGCUCAUAUUCUUCUUUCGAAGAUGUAUGCAAGAGCUGGAAGGUGGGAUGAUGCAAGUUUGGUCAGAACAAAGUUACAUGAGCUAGGGAUUCGAAAGCAUCCAGGUUGUAGCACGAUAGAACAAAAUGGUACCGUCCAUGAAUUCAGAGCAGAGGACUUCUCGAACUCUCGAUCGCCGGAAAUCUAUUCCAUGCUAGGUGAGAUUGAGGGGAGAUUACAGAAAGAGCGACAUGAGACUUCGAGUCAUCACAGUGAGAGGCUGGCAGUGGCAUUCGGGCUGAUAAGCAGCGAGAAGAGUACCAUCCGAAUAGUUAAUAACCUUCGGAUUUGCGGAGAUUGUCAUUCCUUCAUGAAGUUCGUAUCGCUUUCCUAUGAUAGAGAGAUUAUACUGCGGGACAAUUACAGAUUCCAUCGGUUUAAUGAUGGACAAUGUUCUUGUAGAGAAUACUGGUAAUUUGACGUACCACUUUCAAGUUAAUUA